AUGGUAUUAGUAUUUUACACAGUCACAUAUUCAAUAUCAUCAAACAGCGGAUUGAACAAUUCUUGGAUCACUAAUGUCUCUUUCGGUGAGAAUAUUGAGGAAAGACUAACUGAACAAGCAUCUGAAGCUAAGAAAAAACAGUUAACACAGUUUCGAGAAGCCCGGUCUGUCCAACGUAGACUUUUGGCGGAAUUUCAAGAUAUUGAAACAGGAGAUCUAUUGAAGUUUAAUCAGUUAAAGUUCCGUAAGAAACAACUCAUAUUUGCAAAAUCACCUAUUCAUGCUUGGGGUCUCAUCGCUUUAGAGCCUAUAGCUGCAGAAGAAAUGGUAAUUGAAUAUGUUGGUCAUGUGAUUCGCAAAAGUGUAGCUGAAUUACGCGAACGUCAGUAUGAAGCUAAAGGUAUUGGUGGUUCUUAUCUUUUCCGGAUUGAUGAUGACUUUGUGAUUGACGCCACCAUGUGUGGUAAUAAUGCUCGUUUUAUCAACCACAGUUGUCAGCCUAAUUGUUACGCCAAAAUAAUAAUGGUUGAAAGCAAGAAGAAGAUUGUUAUUUAUUCAAAAAGAGAUAUUAAUGUUAUGGAAGAGAUAACGUAUGACUACAAGUUUCCUUAUGAAGAUGAAAAAAUUCCUUGCCAAUGUGGUUCAUCAUCAUGUCGUGGGACACUUAAUUAA